AUGGCCGAUAAUGCUUUUCAUAAGCUAGGAACUAUUCAAAGUGGGUGUAAAAGGAAACUGAUUGGUUUCUGUCAUGGUCUAGUAUGUCUGUACAGGGUAAAAGAGGAACUCAUUGAGGUAUGCAAUCCUUCUAGACGUGAGAUUUUGGUUAUACAUGCACCUCGUCCUACAAAACGGAUCAAGAGCUAUGGAUUCGGGUUUGAUUCUGCAAUGAAGCAGUACAAGGUUGUCUUUGUUUUUGAUGUGUUUGUAUGCAUGGUUUUUACACUUGGAGGCAAUUCACCGUCAUGGAGAUGGAGAGAGAUUCCAUUUACUAACGUAGACGAUGAACUACAGUCUCGAUUAUUGGCUUUCGAAUGUCCUGCGAAAACAAAAAAAUCAGCCGUCCUUUGCAAUGGAGCUCUUUAUUGGAAGAAACAAAAUAGUAAACCUAGUGAAUUGGUUAUGUAUGAUAUUCACGAAGAGAGGUUUCAAAUCAUUCAAGUUCCAGAUGAAUUCGUCGAACCAUACCAACUGUUUGAAUACGGAGGAUCCUUAUGUGCCGCACGUAUGGAAAAAUUUGGAAAGAAGAAGUGUAACGUUCACCCGCAGAGGUUAACUAAAGAGAAGUACGACGACGGUGAACACCAAAUGGUAUGGACAGGUGAGCCUCCUUUCAUUCUCGCAGAUUUUAAAAAAGAAUUAGAGUUACCUCCAUUGAAGGAUCUAAAUGGGAAACAGGGUGCUCGUAUUGUGACCGUCCAAGAUCAAAUAUUACUUCACUAG